UGGGAUAUAGAUAGAAUGUGCGGAUAAGGGGUGUGAUGAAACUCACACAGACCCCAAGCUUAAAACCUUACUCUUCUUUCUCCUCAGUUUCCAAGCAGUAGAAAUGACGGUGAAGAUAAGGCUCGCGCGUUUCGGUUGUAAACACCGUCCCUUCUAUCGCGUAGUCGCCGCCGAUGACAAAUCGAGGAGGGACGGCAAACAAAUCGAGGUGUUAGGGUUUUAUGAUCCACUGCAAGGGAAGGAGGAUGCGAACAGAGUGAGCCUCAAAUUCGACAGAAUCAAGUACUGGUUAUCGGUUGGAGCUCAACCAACGGACUCGGUCGAAAACAUGCUUUUCAGGGCCGGUUUGAUUCCUCCAAAGUCUAUGGUUGUCAGAGGUUCCAAGAACGGACAGCAGUCCACGAACCACCAUGUUUCACCCAUCACAGGUGAGAUCUUGAACUAAUGAGUGUGGGUGUUAUGAGCAAAGAGCUAAGUGUGUCUAUGUCAAAGGAGUUUGAUGUUAUGUUUCGUCUUUUUGUUGUAUUCUGGAUAAGAUAAUAUGUUUGGUCUUUUUGUUGUAUUUCUGGAUAAAGAAGUUUGGUGAAUUCUCAUUAUGGGUUUGUACUUUGUAGCAUACUAUGAUCAAAUGGGCUUUGGUAAUAUAAGCCCAUAUUUUUCUUAAAUUGGAUAUAAGCCCAUAAUAGAAAA